CUCUCGUUCUCUCCCGCUCUCAUGAAUUAUGUUUAUGGCCUGAAACACUUCCUCUUCUGUUAAACCCUAACCGGUGCUCCAUUUCGCAGGGCCUUCGUUGACAGAGCUUUUUAAAUAUAUUUCAACGGUCAUCUGGGAUUUUCAAACACUUUUACACUCUUUGUUUAUUAAAAAGUCUUCGUUUCGUUUCAGAUAGCCAAAUUUUGUAUUUGUAGUUUCAGACACUCAAGUUUUUGCUCUAGUCGAGAUUGGCUUUGCCCUGGAGUUUGACUCAGCUGAAGCUUAAAACCUGCAUUCCAGCUGAAACUAAGCAGCGUAGAUUCUCAUUGAAGCUUGAUUUCCAGUUCAUCUUGCUUUUCAGCUCUCUGGUCAUUUUUGUUGCCAAAAUGUAUGGAAGCACAGCUUAUUGAGUUUCACCUUAUACUUUGAAGGGCCCCAAACUUUUGAUACCGAUGCUCAUAUACUAAGGAGCAGCAGAAAAUGGAGGUCUUAACUGGGAUGAAGGUCAUUGAGCAGACUAGUGAUAACGGUGAGGGAAAUAAGAGUCUGGGUGAUUGUAUAGUUGAGGAAAUGGAGUCCUUAAUGGUAGACAUCAACGAACGGCUGACCAUCUCUAGGAUGGUGAGCGACUGCGUUAUAAAAUGCACGAUUAAUGCAGUUGAGCAAGAGGCAGCUGAGAAAAUUUGCCAGAAAGAAAUGGAGUUGGCUGGGCUAAAGGAAGAACUACAUAGUUAUCAUGCAGGUCUGGAUGAAACUAAUAAUCAUCACUUAUCUGAUCCUAUUGUAAGUCACGGUGGACUGCUAGAGUCUGUUGAAAGCAUUCAACUCGUAGUUAAUGAGCUUUUGAAGGAAUUAAAGAAGGAAAAUGAUAAAAUUGGAGGGAAUAAUUCCUUUAGAAGAAAUAGCUCAGGCUCUCAGUUAGUAGGAUUAGGUGGUAUUCUGCAUGAGGGGGUUCCAGAAAGAUGGAUUUAUGUUGAUAAAACCAUUGAAAAUCUAACCAGUACUCUUGAAACCUUCUACCGAAAGAUAGAAGUAAUAACUCAGUCAUCAAAGGCAUCACUUUCUGAGUGGCAGCAGGACCAGGAGUUCCGGUCAGAAAUUGAAGAAAUGGUGAUCAACAAUUGUAUCAGGGGUUUGCAGGAAGAGUUUGAACAGAAAUUAUGGGACCAAAAUGCUCAAAUUUGUAACUCGGAAAGUGGAAAUUGGUUUCACAAACUUAAAGAGAUCUCAAGUCUGCGUCAGGAAUUGGAGGUAAUUUCCAAAACACUAUCUGUCUUGGAAACUGGGCUGCUUCUUUCUCAUGGAGCCCUAGAGAAUGGUGAGGAAUAUUGUGAUCAUAAGAUGGGUGGCCAUUUCCACAGGAAGCUGUCAACUAAUCAACUAUCGCCUUCCAUUGGAGAUGGAAAUGGGAAACGUGGGAACUCAAACAAGCCUGACAAUUCAGAUUCUGCUUUGCCAAAGCUCAUGUCUAAAGAUGACUUGAUAAAUCAUUAUGAUUCCAAGAUAAGUGAGAUGAAAAGAAACCAUGAAUCCGAACUCCAAAAGAUUACUGAAGAGAAUAUCCGUCUUAAGGGGGAACUUUAUAAAGAAAGAGGUUGUUCGUCACCAUUGAAGAAGGAUAAGGAGUUGGAAAUGUUGAGGAAAAAAAUUUCUGAUUUCAUUACAAAAUUGGAUACAGUUUUUGUUGGAAACGAGAAACUGCACCUGUUGAGUGAAAACAUUGAGUCUGUUAAUAGUUUAAAGGAGAGGCUGGAGUUUCUAAAUACUGGGAAUCACCAACUGAGGGACAUGCUUGCGGAUAAUAAAAAGGAAAUUAGUUAUCUUUCAUCACAACUUUCAGAUGCUGUGGAGAAAUUGUCUCAAGAAAAAUUGACUCAAAAGAAUUUGAAGCAUACUGUUGAUAAGCUUGAGGGUGAUAUAGGAGAUGCACAUGCUGAAGUUGCUGUUAUUCAAGCUGUAUAUAAAUGUGUUCUUGAAGAGAUUAUGAGUGAAAUUAGAUGCAUUGAUGAAGAAUCACAUCUCAAGGAAACCGUUAUGGAAGAAGUGUUUCUAGUUGUACUUAAAGAAGCCGCUCAUGAUGCUCAACCUUCUAGCAGAUUGGAAUUUGAGGAUGCAGAUAUGGAGUCUAUUAUCAUGCAAGGGCUGUUGGAUUUAAUAUUUAAAGAAGCUCUAUUGGAUGCUAACAAAGAAACCCAAAAAUUGGAGGAAAAGACUAAGUUAGCACAGGAAGCAGCAGAUGCCUUGACAUGUGAGAAGGAAAAAUUGGAGUUAGAUGUAGAAGAGCUAAACAGUUUGAGGGCAAAAACAGUUGACCAACAGAAUGUAAUUUUGAAGAGCAAUAAAGAGUUGGAAGUCACUAAGGCUGAACUGGUCGAAGUAUGGGAGAAAGUUAGGCAAUAUCAGGAUCAAAUGCUUGAGUUAGAUCAAAAGCUGGAACAAAGAACUAAUGAACUUAGAGAAAUUGAUGGAGAAAGAAGGCAGCUUUGUGCUCUUUCAAAAGAGCAACAGCAUAUAUUAGCGCUAACUGCUGAUAAAGAAAGGGAGACCAGGAAGCAAAUGGAAUCAGCAAUUUCUCUUUUAUUGACAGCGUUUGCUAAUUUUGAAUCUAGAGUGAAUGAAGACAUCUCAAGAAAUAGUUUGAGGAUUGAGAACGUGAAUUCUGAGUUCUGUUUCCUUAACGACAAAGUUAAUAUACUUAAAACCACAGGGCUGCUGUACAAACAGAGGCUGGAAAUACGAUGCUCCGACCUUGAAAAAGCUGAAGCAGAGGUUGAUCUAUUGGGGGAUGAGGUGGAUGCUCUUGUGAACCUCCUUGAAAAGAUAUACAUUGCACUUGAUCAUUAUUCACCCAUACUGCGUCAUUACCCUGGGGUUAUUGAGAUUCUGGAGCUUGUGAGAAGAAAACUGAGUGGAGACUCUAAAAAACCCAUUCGAUCGUAUGGUUAAUUUAUCCAGAUACAGCAGAAUAGUUGUACAGUUCGGGGAGGAAAAAAAUUUACACUCUCAAUUUGCAGCUGCUGGUUCUGAUUCCCCACAAGCAUGAACUUUUGAGAACAAGACAAGAAAGAUUGCAACAACAUAUGCUGUGACCGACAAGAAGCAUCAUUUUUGUUUUUGAUCCACAUUUUUCUUAUUUUUUGUUGGUGACAUUCCAUGCGCCCCUUCCCUCUAGUAAAAUCAUAAUUUAGUCUCCUGUUUGUGGCUUGCAUGAUGCUGAGUGUUAGCUUUUCUGGUUCGCUAUUGGAUUUGUCGUUGUAUAUGUCCUUUAGUGCAUUCUGUAAAUUGUAAUAGAGAGUUUCUGGAGGGCUUAUCUAUAAUCUUGCAUGUAAUAUAGGUAUGUCUGUAUAGACUUCUGUUCC